AUGACGGCUUCCGACUUCUUGACCACACAGACCGUGGGCGGCUACCUCGUCUGCUUUAUGAUUGCCGGUGGCUUCAUCUACCACUACAGCAGCAAGAACAAGCCUGCGCAGGUUGCUAAGCAGGCCAAGGCAUACGUCGAGCCCCGAAAGGACACCAACGCAAAGAAGCAGCGAAAGGCCGCCUUUGCUUCGAGCGCACCAAAGUCGACCACUGAGGACAAGGGCUCAUCAAGCGCAGUCGAGGCCCCCAGCACAUGGCUGAGCAAUAACCCCAAGGAUGACGUUGAUAACGCCGAGUUCGCCCGGAGAAUGGCCAGCAUCAAGGAAGGCAAGAAGUUCGACGGCAAGUCUUCGGGAGACUCCAAGAAGAAGACCAAGUCCGUUAAGCAGUCCCGUGCUGCCGAGAAGAAGCCUGCCGAGGUGACCGAGGAGAAGGAGCCAGCUCCCGCUCCCGCUCCCGCCGUCGAGGCCGUCGAGGAUGUCCAAGACAGCUCCGCUGCCGCCUCCCCCGAGGUCACGCCUGCCGACCCCAGCGGUGUCAGCGACAUGCUGGAGCCUUCCGCCGGCGGCCCGUCCGUCCUUCGCCUGACCGGAACCGACAAGGAGAAGCCCAAGGCCAAGAACCAGAAGGUCCCCGAGAAGGCCGAGACCAAGAAGCAGCGCCAGAACCGCCAAAAGGCCGAGGCCAAGAAGGCCGCCCGCGAGGAGGAGGAGAAGGACCGCAGGGUCAAGCUCGAGAAGCAGCGCCGUACCGCUCGCGAGGCUGCCGGCAUCCCCGCCAAGGACGGCUCUCAGUUCAUGGCCGCCGUCAACGGCAACAAGUCCGCUUGGACCGCCGGCUCCCCCAACGGCGCCUCCACCAACGGCGCUCCCCCUGCCGUGCAGCCUCUCGACACUUUCGAGGCCCCGGCCAAGAACGACGCCGCCCCGGCUCAGGCCUCCAACAACUGGAUCUCGUCGCUCCCCUCGGAGGAGGAGCAGAUCGAGCGCCUCAAGGAGGACGACGAGUGGAACACCGUCCCUGCCAAGUCGAAGAAGGUCAAGAAGGAGAACCGCACUCCUUCUCCCGAGCCCGCCAAGGCCGCCGCCGCUCCUGCCCAGUCCCGCCCCGUCCCCCAGGCUGUCCAGAAGCCCGCGUCGAACGGCAAGCCCGCGAAGCCCGUCCAGUCCAACUUCGGAUCCUUCUCCGCUCUCAGCACCGAGGAGGAGGAGGAGUGGGAUGUAUAA